UUAAAUAGGUACUUUGAUAGAAUUAAAGUACGUAGACCUGUAUGUAAAGAAAGGCAGAAAAAACAAUACAUUGCAAUUUACUUACACCCAUGUUGGACCCAAAAAGAAAUUCGAUAUAUCGACAUCGAAAAAUUUCCAUCGAUUUAUCGCACUCCAUCGGUUCCAUCGAUAAUAUCGAUGGUGCCAUCGAUGGUUUUCCCAGCUCUAAUGUGUCGUGCUUGCACAACAAUUCACAGCUCUGAUUUACAAAAUUUACACAGUCUGGACAGUGUGUAUGGCUUUUAUUUAAAAACUUACGCCGGCCUAGAGGUUGAUCCAACAGAUGGUCUACCGGAUAAAAUCUGCUCGGAUUGCGUAGAAAAGCUAGAGAUUAUGCAUCAUUUUGUUGAGAAAUGCAAACAAUCGAAUGAGUAUCUCAAAAAUCUAGUAUUAUGCACCAUUAUAGGCCAUGAUGAGGAAUCCAAUGCCAAAGUGGAAGGACACUCCAUAGAUGGUGAUGAUUGCACCACCAGCGAUUUUCUGGUGGUGUCACAGGAUCCCACCAACGCAGACAGGCAAUCCCCAGACGACGAUAGCAGUUCCAAUGAUUAUAGCCCCAGUGAUUUGCUAAUUACAGCCCAAGAAGAUCUCACACAAUCGGAUGAAAUUCCAGAACCUGGAACACUUUCAUCGGAUGUAGUCGAUUUAGGUGAAGCCUGCAAACCAUCUAGUUAUCAGUUUCAGUUUAAUUGCUCCACGUGUGACAGUUUGUUCCCUAAUGAAAACCAGCUUUUGGUCCACACUCGCAGUCACCACCAACGCAAGGACAAGAAUUUCGAGUGCGAACUCUGCUUGAAACGCUUCAAUGCCGCAUGCAAUUUAACUACACACAUGCGGACACACACGGGCGAGAAACCAUUUAAAUGUACCUUUUGUGAACGCGCUUUUGCUGAUCGUAGUACACUCAGAAGACAUGAAAGGACGCACACCAAGGACAGGCCGUAUGCGUGUAACAUAUGUGGCAAAACCUUUUCACUCUCCACCUCCCGAAAGGCGCACAUUCUCUCCCAUUCUGGGAAGAAACCACACAAUUGUUUGACCUGCAAUAAAAGUUUCUGUUUGCCUCACCAACUCAAGGCUCACCUGAACUCGCAUGCCCAUCGACAUGAAAUCGAUUUUCAAAAAGAAGAUUAGAUCCUACAGUAAA